AUGGUCUGUUUUUCUCUUCUGGUGCUUGCGUGCGCACUGCCGGCUACCUAUGCGUGGUUGCCAAAUGAUGGCUCCACCAAGCUCGUCGACACCGAUGGGCACAGUCUGUUUGAAGGAAAUGGGACAUCCUCCAAUAAGAGUGGUGUCACUCCACGCUGGUGGAGCAGUUCUGGGAAGAUUAGAGGAGUCAACUUAGGCUCAGUCUUCGUCUAUGAGCCGUGGAUUGACUCAGGCGAAUGGAAUAAGAUGGGCUGUGGUUCUUACAAGUCCGAAUUCGACUGCGUUUCGAAGCUUGGUCAGGCGAAAUCUGACGCUGCCUUCCAGAAACAUUGGGACACCUGGCUCACCGCGGCCGAUCUGGACGAGAUGUUGACUUACGGUAUCAACACUAUUCGCAUCCCACUAGGGUAUUGGCUUGACGAGUCUCUCGUCGAUAAGUCGGAGCAUUUCCCGAAGGGUGCUGUGACUUACUUGAUCCGGCUCUGCGGCUGGGCUAGUGACCGUGGUUUCUAUAUCAUCUUGGGCCACCACGGCGCCCCAGGUGCACAAGAGCGGCAAAAUCCGUUCACCGGCCAGUACGCUACUACCCCGGGCUUCUACAAUGACUACCAAUAUAAUCGCGGUGUCAAAUUCCUGAAGUUCCUCAGAAAGCUUGUCCACGAUCACAACGAGUUCCGCAACGUCGGUAUGAUUGAGGUUCUAAGUCAACAUACCCACUUCCUGGCACCCCCCUGUUUCUGGCACCACAAAAACGAUGGGAUCACAACCCAACCUCCUCAUUACUAUUAA